GCGCUAGUGGCAAAGCCUGUUGGUGGGACACCAGCCACAAGGCCAACCGCAAGGACCUACGAGACCGUCAUGGAGUCCGUGUUGACAGCAUCCAGUUCCCCCACAGGCCGGGUUACCUUCUCCCGUGUCUUCGGCCAACAGUGCCAGCUAAUGGAAGCAGCCGUGCAGUCAUUGCACACCCUAAAUGACCAGAUUUCCCAUUUCAUUGUCACCAAGUCGAAGGCACUGGAGGAAGACGAUGACCCCUUUCUACCCACGGAGAAAGAGACACUGAAGAACUCGAUGAUACUGAUGAGACAUCUCUUAAUGGAUGCCCAGGCCAAAAUCCUGAGCAUGAUGGAAGACAAUAAGCAGCUCGCGCUCCGCAUCGAUGGGGCGGUCCAGUCGGCCAGCCAGGAGGUGACCAACCUGCGAGCCGAACUCACGGCCACCAACCGGAGACUGGCGGAAUUGAGCGGCGGAGGCGGCGGCCCCGGCUCGGGCCCGGGAGCUGCGACCAGCGCCUCGGCAGCAGCGGUGACGGUGGCUGACUCGGCGGUGGCGACCAUGGAGAACCAUCAGCACGGAGCUCAAGUGCUCCUGCGGGAGGAAGUGGUCCAGCUUCAGGAGGAAGUCCACCUUCUCCGGCAGAUGAAGGAAAUGCUGGCGAAGGACCUAGAGGAGUCACAGGGCGGCAAAUGCUCCGAGGUCCUGUCGGCCACUGAACUCCGGGUGCAGCUGGUACAGAAGGAGCAGGAGCUGGCCAGAGCCAGGGAAGCCUUGCAAGCCAUGAAAGCUGACCGGAAGCGCUUAAAGGGCGAGAAGACCGACCUGGUGAGCCAGAUGCAGCAGCUGUACGCCACGCUGGAGAGCCGCGAGGAGCAGUUGCGAGACUUCAUCCGCAACUAUGAACAACACCGCAAGGAGAGUGAGGACGCUGUCAAAGCGCUGGCCAAGGAGAAGGACCUGCUGGAGCGAGAGAAGUGGGAGCUCCGACGGCAGGCCAAGGAGGCCACGGACCAUGCUGCGGCCCUGCGCUCCCAGCUGGACCUCAAGGACAACCGCAUGAAGGAGCUGGAGGCCGAGCUAGCCAUGGCCAAGCAGUCCUUAGCCACACUGACCAAGGAUGUUCCCAAGAGGCAUUCACUCGCCAUGCCCGGCGAGACGGUGCUCAAUGGCAACCAGGAAUGGGUGGUGCAGGCUGACCUCCCACUGACUGCCGCCAUCCGGCAGAGCCAACAGACUCUCUACCACUCCCACCCUCCCCACCCUGCAGACCGGCAAGCGGUCAGGGUGAGCCCCUGCCACUCAAGACAGCCUUCCGUCAUCUCUGAUGCUUCCGCUGCUGAAGGUGACCGGUCAUCUACACCGAGCGACAUCAACUCCCCAAGACACCGGACACACUCCCUCUGCAACGGCGACAGUCCCGGCCCAGUUCAGAAGAGCCUACACAACCCUAUUGUACAGUCACUAGAGGAUCUUGAAGACCAAAAACGGAAAAAGAAGAAAGAGAAGAUGGGAUUUGGCUCCAUCUCUCGAGUCUUCGCCAGAGGGAAACAACGGAAGUCCCUCGACCCGGGCCUCUUUGAUGACUCCGACAGCCAGUGCAGCCCCACACGCCACAGCCUCAGCCUGUCUGAGGGAGAGGAGCAGAUGGACCGUCUACAGCACGUGGAGCUGGUGAGGACCACGCCCAUGUCCCACUGGAAGGCUGGCACGGUGCAGGCCUGGCUGGAGGUGGUGAUGGCCAUGCCCAUGUACGUCAAGGCCUGUGCGGAGAAUGUCAAGAGUGGGAAGGUGCUUCUCAGCCUGAGCGACGAGGACCUGGAGUUGGGCCUUGGUGUGUGCAGCUCCUUGCACAGGCGCAAGCUCCGACUGGCCAUUGAGGACUACCGAGAUGCCGAGGCGGGCCGCAGCCUGUCCAAAGCCGCCGACCUGGACCAUCACUGGGUGGCCAAGGCCUGGCUGAACGACAUUGGCCUGUCCCAGUAUUCCCAGGCCUUCCAGAACCACCUGGUCGAUGGGAGGAUGCUGAACUCGCUGAUGAAGAGGGACCUGGAGAAGCAUCUGAACGUGUCCAAGAAGUUUCACCAAGUUAGCAUCUUGCUAGGGAUCGAGCUGCUGUACCAAGUGAACUUCAGCAGGGAGGCCCUCCAGGAGCGCAGAGCCCGCUGUGAAACACAGAACACAGACCCUGUGGUCUGGACCAACCAGCGGGUGCUCAAGUGGGUGCGAGAUAUCGACCUGAAGGAGUAUGCCGACAACCUGACCAACAGCGGUGUCCACGGUGCUGUGCUGGUCCUAGAGCCCACGUUCAAUGCCGAGGCCAUGGCCACCGCCCUGGGCAUCCCCAGCGGGAAGCACAUCCUCAGGAGACACCUGGCAGAGGAGAUGAGCACCAUUUUCCAUCCAGCCAACUCCACAGGCAUCCGAGAGUCUGAGCGCUUUGGGACACCGCCUGGCAGGGCCUCCAGCAUCACCAGAGCUGGGAAAGAGGACGGUAGCAGUAACAGCAAGUACAGAACUGGCCGGCUGCCCCUGGGGAAGAUAGGAAGAGGCUUCAGCAGCAAAGAGCCUGAUUACUAUGACGACUAUGGCUCUCUGGAGAACGAGGACUGCGGGGAUGAUGACCUCCAAGGCAGGCCCGAGCAGUGUCGUCUGGAGGAAUACAGCAGCUUGGAGGUCACCAAUGUGUAAGAAAGCCAUGUGCCUCAACUCCAGAACAGGGAGGAGGAGGAGGAAGAGGAGCCUAGUGUCCCAGAGCCGUCCAUCCCCACUGUACAGCAUGACCCGGAGCUGAGGACAGACAGGUGUCAGAACAGAGUUCCCAGAGACGGUCACAAUUUCCAGGGGGCACCAAGGACAGAGAGUGCCCACCUUGGUGUCCUGUAUCUCUGAGGACGGAUCAUCCGGUCACCACCCGGUGGGUGGCCCGGGUGCUGCUGGUUCUUUACACUGAACUUUCAAGGAUGGUCAAGAAGGGUCAGUCUUGUGGGCCUGGAACACCCUGCCGGGAGGAGUAGGAAAGCCACCCAGCCUUGGCAAAGCCAGGGGCACUGAGAACCAAUUGCAAAGCCAACCAGCAGCCGCCAGGUGACGGACGCUGACCAUCAGACCAUUGGGCAGAGAACUUGAACUCUGACCUCCGCGUUCACUCAGGAAGGAUGCAAAAUGGCCUGGGCAUUUCUUCCACUUUAAGAGCAGCACAUCAUGAGGUGGACGUGUUGGUAGCAGGAAGGAAAUCUCUGCAGGGCAGAGGGGCCUGACAGCAGCCGCCCUAGGGGAUACAGACAUCCGGUCACCAGAAUGAAUGUGAUUUCCAGAGUGGGUGGGGGGAUAGCUACUGAGUUCUGUCCCAAACAGCUAUUCCAAGUGUGGAUAUAAAAUGGGAGACUGCUUGUCAUUAACCCGACCAACCCCUGUGGUGAUGUCCCUGUCAGCUGAGACAGGUAAGGUCACCCAUGAGCUAACAGAGGUGCAAAUCCCACAGAACAAGGUCACCGGGUUGUCUGAGUAGGACCUUUCUAGCCACAGUCUUGAUCUGCCAGUGUUUUGCUGUGUGGCUUCCUCCCAGUGACCUCACCUCUCUGUGCCUCAGUGUCUUACCUAUAAUACUUCCUGUUCUUCCCAGAGAAGCCAUGAGGAUUAACAUUCGCUAACAUUUGUCCCAAGCUUUGAGCCUCUCAGGAAACAGCUGGACGGGAUGGGACAUGGGGAGGAAUGAGCCUAGUUCCACCCACAACAUUUGCAGACACCAGGCCAGUUCGCUCCAUUUUGGAUGGGGAGGUAGGCAAGAGGGGAGCGCAGAACGUUUAAUAUUGAGAGUUUUGCCUGUGGGCCUACUGGGUGCAGGGUCCAAGCUGACUGAGCAGAGCCUUCCUUGAUGACAGGGAGGAAUUCAGGGCAGCUCUGCUCUGUGCCAACUCUCCUCAGAUUCCCAGAGAUGACAGGGGGGUUAGGGGAUAGGCACAGCCUCUGAGCCACCAAAGCCAGACUUCUGUAGCGGUGUAGAGAGCUUUUCUUUCCGGGAAGACCACACAAAGCCAGUAAACUUGAAAGUCGCGGCCCCCCAUGUUAAAGACAUCUCUCUAAGGGUUCCACAGUCACGGUCUCCCUCACAACCUGAGUCCAGGGGCCUCGGAGAUGGGGAGAAAUCUUUCUGUCUGGGGCUCAGCCUCCAAAGGACACCCGGCAGACACCAGGACUCACAGGGUCAACCUCUGGGGUGUAACCCAGCUUAGUUCAGGCUCUACAUUCCUGAGUGUUUAAAAUCUGCAUUCCCCGUCCCUGGAAUCCUGAAGCAACUGAACCCUUAGUUCAAUAAGGAGAGGGGAGGCCCUCGUCUAAUUGAAACCAGCUGUCACUGUCAAACCAAGUCCCUAAAGGGUGACACAGCUUCUGGAGUCAGGAAUAUACUGACAGCCUUCCUGGAAAUGUUGCUGGCUUUGUGGGCUCCUUGCAAGGGUAAAGUCUAGGUAGGGAG